AUGGCAGCCUCCUUAACGAAAUGUCAAAGUCGGGGUUUUAUUUGUUUGAGACGUGUUUCUAGACUAUUUUCAGCACAUUUAAACCAGAAAAAUAAUAUAAAUAGUGAAGCAUCAGACAGAAAAACCACACAUUUCGGCUUUGAAACCGUAACGGAGGAGGAGAAAGAAGAAAAGGUGUAUGAAGUAUUUAAGAACGUAGCGGAAAAAUAUGAUCUGAUGAAUGAUGCGAUGAGUGUGGGUGUACACCGACUAUGGAAGGAUCACUUCAUACGCAGAAUGGCUCCACCUCCUGGGACAAAACUCCUUGAUGUGGCUGGGGGAACUGGAGAUAUUGCUUUUAGAUUCUUAAACUAUGUCAAGUCUAGAGAUGUCAAUUCCCCACCAGACGUCUUCCCAGACUCAAGCAGCAGUUCUGAAUCAUCAGAUGAAAAUGGGUUGCCUAGCAACAACCAAAGGUCACAUGACUGUCAUGUGACUGUGUGUGAUAUAAACCAGUCCAUGUUGGAGGUGGGACAAGGGAGAGCAGCAGAAGCCGGCAUAACAUCAGGCAUUUCCUGGUUGAAAGGAAACGCAGAAUGCCUUCCUGUUGAAGACAAUUCCUUCGAUGUGUAUACCAUAGCGUUUGGUAUAAGAAACUGUACACACAUUGAUAAGGUAGUCGAUGAAGCCUACAGGGUGUUGAGACCAGGAGGUAGAUUCAUGUGCUUGGAAUUCAGUGAGGUUCCUAAUUCAUUGAUAAGAAGUGUGUAUGACGAGUACUCGUUCCAAGUGAUUCCUGUUCUUGGCCAGGUCCUCGCGGCAGACUGGAGCUCCUACCAGUACCUAGUGGAGAGUAUCAGGCAGUUCCCGAACCAGGAAACAUUCAAGAAGCUGAUUCAAUGCAGUGGUUUCAAAGCUGUGACUUACGAAAAUCUGACUUUUGGUGUUGUUGCAAUACAUUCUGGAUUUAAAUUGUAGAAGCUAUUAGAAAUUGUUAAUCAUGAUCAAUUGAUCAAAUAAUGUUGCAUUUUAUUUAUCACAUGUUGAAUUGUUUUUAAAAACAUUUUUGUGUGAAAAUUCAUGUAUUAUGAUAUACAUUGCAAUAAAAAUAGUAAAUAUA